UCAGACAAGUCUCAGUAUUCAUACCAGUUCCAGAUCAACCCCACGUGUGCAAGGUGCACAUGUACUUUAAGACACAAGAACUACAGAUACAAUAUCUACCGUUGACUCUAUGACUGGAGAGUAACCCGCGAGAUCGUUCAACUACAAAGAUGGAGGACAUAGACGCCAUGUUCACUGACCUGCUGGGAGAGAUGGACAUCCUAACACAGAGUCUUGGGUAUGAAACGGACUCCUCAGAAAUAUCAUCCAGCAGUUCACAGAUAGAAAACAACUUCUCUAUUGGGUUCACAGAUUUGAAAGAAUCUCUAAAUGAGCUCGAGGAUCACGACCUUGACGCUCUGAUGGCUGAUCUGGGGUCAGAUUUGACGGAGACAGAGGAGACACUGAAUGCAGCCAAGACGGGACAUGUCCACACACAACAGCACAAGUCUGGCCUCUACACCCCGCAACAAAAUGUCCAAGCACCUAUCCCCUCCUCCUCAUCCUCCUCCUCCUCCUCCUCUCUCCCUCCUGAACCCUCUGAACCACUGCCAGCGGGAGAGGCUGAAGCACAAGCCAAAGCUGCCAAAAUCAAGCUGGCGCUGGAGAAGCUAAAAGAAGCCAAAGUUAAGAAGUUGGUGGUCAAGGUGAUGAUGAGCGAUGGCAGCUCCAAGACACUGAUGGUGGACGAGAGACAGACGGUGAGGGACGUGUUGGAUAAUCUGUUUGAGAAGACCCACUGCGACUGCAGCGUGGACUGGAGCCUAUGUGAGACCAACCCUGAGCUGCAGGCUGAAAGGGGGUUUGAAGACCAUGAAUAUCUGGUGGAGCCUCUUUCUGCAUGGACACGAGACAGUGAAAACAAAAUCCUUUUCCUUCUGAGACCCAACAAAUAUCUCCUCUUCAAAGACCCCCAGAUAUUCUACCUAUGGAAGAAACAGAAACAAUUUAUGAAUGAGAUAAAAGAAUGCCAUAAGGAACUUCUGCUAAAGGAACAUUUUGAGGGGCCGUCUGUCAUCGUCCCAGACCUGGAGGGGCCGCUGUAUCUGAGGGAGGACAGGAAGAAAUCGUGGAAACGUCGCUACUUCCUGCUCAGAGCUUCUGGGAUAUACUAUGUGCCUAAAGGAAAGACAAAGACAUCCAGGGACCUGGCGUGCUUCCUUCAGUUUGACAAAGUCAACAUCUACACCACCACUGAUUACAAACAGAAGUACAAAGCACCCACUAACUUCUGCUUCAUCCUCAAGCAUCCUCAGAUCCAGAAGGAGUCCCAGUACAUCAGGUUCCUGUGUUGUGACGAUGAGCACACUCUCUCCCUCUGGGUCAACUCCAUCAGAGUAGCCAAGUAUGGGGCCACCCUGUAUCACAACUAUCAGAAGGCAGUGAGGAGAGCCUUAACCACCACCUCCACUCUGCAUGUGACCAGUCUGCCUGUCUCCAGCCCUCCCACACAUUCUACUGGGCACAUAGCAACAGUGAGGGCCAAUGGACAUCCUGAUCAGGACGACCUCUCUGAACCGCCCCCAGACUUUAUUCCCCCGCCCCCUCCUGGGUGGGGCUCUGUGGUCUAGGGAUGGAGCUCCGCCCACUCACCCAUGACUUCUGUAGAGGACGUUCUCAACCUACCUACCUACAGACAGACAGUCCCAGUGUUCAUGAACCAGAGCGAUGCUUUUAAAAAUAGCACCUCGGGAGGUGACAGGCCCUGCUCCAAUACUUCAAAAUGCAUUCUUCCUUUCUUCCCUCCUUCUUUAAGUAACUGAUCUGACAAGAUAUGAUUGGACAACGCAAUGCAGUGGAGACAUUUCUGACUGAUGGGAAAGGGGGGGAUACCUAGUCAGUUGUAUAGGGAAAGGGGGGGAUACCUAGUCAGUUGUAUAGGGAAAGGGGGGGAUACCUAGUCAGUUGUAUA